AAAUAGGUCGCAAUCUCACACAUAGAUGAUAGUUGUGAUGGAAACAAGAUGACUCGUAAUCGUAAUCAGUCUCAGAGAGAUGGAAGAAUCGCAAGAGAUUUUGUUGAACUCGCUGGCAAACGCUGGAGUUCCGAUUCCACCGGAGGUUUUAUCAGUUGAAGAUCUAGCACCGGAAACCUUGGUGUCGAUCUGUGCUCAUUCUCUUCGUAUAAUUUCGAACUCGGAAUCCUUUCCGAUCACUUUACCGGACUCAAUGGCAGAUCGUUUCAAAAUCUGCACCGAUCUGGCUUCGUCAGUCAAAGACCUAGGUUACAUCGGCGACAUGAGCUUCCAUAAGUUCCUGUAUCCAUCUGAAGAAGACAUGUAUAAGUUGAUAAGAUUUUUGGUUGGGAGGCUCUCUGAAUCAUCUACAACUGCAGUAUCACCAAACGCAAAGGAUUUGCAUACCAAAGUUGAAGACCUGAAUCUGAGAAGUCAAGAAGCAGUGUCAAAUUCAAUCCAAUAUGCUGAAAAAGAUAUUGCAGCUGAUGACAUUAAUAGAGAUGGGAAAUCGAACACUGAUAAUGUUGGAUUGAGUGGUAUGGAAAACGGCAUAAGUUUAACCGAGGACACCCAGUAUUCAAGAAACUCUGCUGGAGGUGACAGAGGGGUUAUAUCUCAGGAAGACGGUCAACAUAAACUCGAGCAGGCACAAAUGUCUCUUCAAGAGAAAUCAUCCCAGACGAGUCACAAGACAGAAAUGUUACUAAAUCAAGAAAAUGUGACUUCGGAUGAAGUGACUGCAAAGUCAUUAGAGUUGCAGCGAUUGGAAGAGCAACAUGAUUUGUUGAAAGCGGCUGUGGAAAUGGCUUGCGAUGAACAAAACUCUGUGGAUUCAUACAUUGUGCAGCUCACCGAGCAAGUAGAUGCAAGGAGGCGAAAUCUAGCGGAAUUGGAGUCAAAAUGGAAAGCCAUCAUGAAGCCUUUAGAAGAUAAGAGAAAAAACCUUGAAGAAGCUUUAUGUGCAAAACAACCCGAGUCUCAUGAAAAACAUCGGAAGUGGAAAAAACUCGAGCAGGACACUGAAUCAGUAUUGUCUGAAACCGAGCAGAGGGAGGAAGAACUUUCCAAGCUGUCGACAGAAAUUGAGAAACUACCUAAAUUGGCGACAAGAAGAUCCUACAUUGAACGGAUAAAAGAAAUCACCAAGAACAGCCGGAAACAGGACAUUGACAUAGAACGUAUCUUAAAAGAGACCCGAGAGCUUCAGUUGGAGAGUAACAUGAUUCAAGAACGCUUGCAUCGAACUUACGCUGUGGUAGAUGAAACACUGCUGAGGGAGUCAAAGAAGAACCAAGCCGGGGAACAAGCUCACGAUUUGCUAACAGUCAUCCACGAAAGUUUCGAAGAGAUAUCAGAAAAGAUCCUCGCAACCGAUCGAGCUCGUAGAGAAGCUACCGAGCUUGAAACUAAGCUUUCUCGUAUCGGUACCCAAAGUUUGAACGUGGCGAAACUGGAAGCCGACCUUGACGCCAUUCGGAAGGAAAACGAAUACCUUCAGUCUCACACUCAGUUGGGUAAUCCUUAAAUCUCUAAACCCUUUGAUUCAAAUCCCUCAAACUCUAUACAGAGAAAAAAAAAAGUCUUCACAUAUUCUAAUUUCUGAAAGAUGAAUUCAGUAGGUGUUUUCUUACAAUGUAAACUAUGCAUAAAUGUAA